UGUUAUUCUCCCGAUUCCAACUAGCAAUAGUUUAGUAUCUCGAUUGCGUUUCCAAAUUUGGCUAUAGUGAAACACACUACAACGCUUAGCAUCGCUGGUUCGAUACCGCAUUUUAUACGUAACGUAAAUUGUAUACAUAAUUAUUUGCUUUUCAAGUCGUUUAUUGCUAAAAAACAAUACAGAAUAACAUCAGUAAACAGUGUAUUAAUGUUGGAGAAAAACCGUUAAUUAAUUUAUCUUUGGAGUUCGAUCGAAUAUACGAAUUUAUUUCGUAUAUAUAUAUAAUGGUAAAACCUAUUGAAAAAAAAUACCAAUUAGCUGCACACAGACGAAACUUAGAGGAACGUAAAUUUAAUUUCUACAGUGAAACUGCGAAAUAUUUUGAGAGAGAAUGCGACAAAGCUAAACAAUUUAAUUUAUGGAAUGCAGAUAGACUUAAACAUACUCAUUGGGAAAAUUUAAAAAAAUUGAAUGCUUUGAAAUUAAGACGAAAUAAAUUAAAGGAGCUUAUAACAAACGAAAAUAAAAUAUACGAAGAGGAGUGCAAAAAUUUAGAACGGAAAAGUGCUAAAAAAGAAUUAUCAUUUGAAGAAUUGAGAAAUCAAUUGAAAGAAAGACGAGCUGAAUUGAGUUUGUAUAAACCACAAACUUGUCGUCGAAUUGAAUCAUAUUUUUUAUAUCCAACUCAAAUAAACCGUCGACCAUUGAAAGAAUUUAAUAAACCUUUGACUGAUACCUUUAAUAAUAGUAUUCAUAGUAAAAAGAAUAAUAGUAAAAUGGAAGAUUCAACUCAAAAAGAAAAAACUCUUCAAGAACAAUCAGAUGCAUGUGAUCAAAACCAAAAAGAUUUUGAGGAACGAUCAGAUGCAUGCCAACAAAAUCGAGUCAAUAGUGAAUUUGCUCAGUAUCAACAUUUCUAUGAUAUUGAUCAACCAUCUGAACCUUUUAAUGUAUUAAAAUGCAUGAAUGACUAUCGAGAACAUAAAAAUGACAAGUUUGUUGAUGAUAAUGAUUUUGAAAAGAAAAGAUACACACCGAAUUUUUUGUAUGGCCAUCGAAUGUAUGUUAAUGACGAAAAUCAUCCAAACCUUGAUAAGAAAUAUAAGGAACGAAAUAUGCGUCAAAGUCUUGAAAAUACUAAUAUAAGUAACACGUCAAUGUUUUCAUUUGAUUUACCCAAAAAUUCUCAUGAACAACAAGACAUUCAUGAUGAAUGUAGAAGAUCAAAAGAAACAGAGGAGUAUCUUGACAAACAUUGCGAUGUGUCCAAGUUGGAUUUAAAUGAAGUUGAUUCAGCAGAAGCAGAAAAAAAUGAUGAAGAUACUUCAGGCAAUGAUGUGGCUUCUAAUGAACAAUCUGAAGAUAAAGAUCAUGACAAGGAUGAAAAUAAAGAAGAAAUAUUGAUACAAUUACCUGAUGACUUAGAGGUUGAUUCAGAUUCAAUGUUAAUGUAUCUGAGAGAUAAUGCUUUGAAGUCGAAAAUUGAAGAUCUGGAAACGAGAGAAUAUAGAGCAAGUACGAAACAUCUUUGGGAAGAAUUACUACGUUUACGAGACAUGAAAAAUCGAUUAGAAUUGUUCAGGGAGAAGCAAAUUUAUAAAAGAUAUGAUUCACACAUUGAUCCGAUUAAAAAGGAAGAAGUUUUGAAAUAUAUUGAAGCUCGUAGCAAGCAGCUUAAAGAUCGUGAAACAAUUUGUGCUGAUUCUGGUUUAUAUAGUGAAGAGGCGAAACGUACUUGGAAUCAAUGGGUUGAAGAGGAUAAAAAGGCAGCGAUGAACAAUUCUCAUACUUUACGAGAUAUUUUAUUGAAAAAGUUGGAAGAUGAAUGGGCACAGUUAUCUGAAAAUGAUAGAAAAGUUGUUUGUCAGAUGUAUAAUAAUAUGACAUCAGGUUCUUACAUGCAGUUUGAAACACAGCUUCUUGCUAAAAAAGGAAUAUGGUGAAGAUAUUGUUUGUUGAAACACAGCUUCUUGCUAAAAAAGGAAUAUGGUGAAGAUAUUGAAUUAACGCUAUUUGAUGUUUGAUUGCAACUAAUACACUAAUAUGCAUUUUAUUAUUAUUUUUAUAAUUUUUUAUGGAUAAUUUAAAAAAUAAAAACAUUCAAAAUUUAACGUAAAAAUUAACAUUUUGGUUAUCAGAUGUCGCUACUAGCUUAUUCUUGUGUACGCAAAAUUUGAGGUUAUAACUUAUCUAGAGUUUAUAAGUUCAAUGGCUGUAUUGAUGUUUGUAAACAGAAAAUUUCUCAGUAAUAAAGAAUAAGAAACAAUAAUAAA